AUGGAGUCGUUACAACCACCCUCAUUUUCUUCUUCUUCUUCAUCGAAUUCAAAUGCAGCAAUCGAUUCCGGAGAACGAAAUUGGCUUGAUCUUCCACGAGAUGCGGUUUUGUCCAUUUUUGUGAAACUUGACACAACCGAUCUUCUUGUUCGCGCUCACAAUGUUUGCACCACAUGGCGCAAUAUCUCGAAAGACCCCUUCCUCUAUCGCACCAUUAACAUGCCCAAUUUGGGCGACCUUGAAACCGGCUCCGAAUUAGAGGUUUUACGUCACCGCGCCAUUGAUUACAGCUGCGGCGAUGCAAUUGAUAUCAACAUCGAGUAUUUUGGCACCGACGAUCUUCUUUCUUACAUUGCUAAUUCUGCAAGUCAUCUACGACGCCUUCGUCUUGCCUGUUGCUAUAGUGUAACAGAUGGAGGAUUGUGUUUACUUGCUGAAAAGCUUUCUCACUUAGAGGAACUUGAUAUAUCAAUUAGUGGCUGCUUAUCUCAUGAAUCUUUGGAAGUCAUUGGCCGAUGUUGCCCUCAAUUGAAAACCUUUAAAUUCAACAUUCAAGCAUACAUAUAUCCACAUAUUGAGUAUGACGAUGACGCAUUUGCUAUUGCGCAAUUCAUGCCUGGGUUAUGCCAUCUCCAGCUUAUUGGAAACAAGAUGACUAAUGAUGGUUUGCUUGCUAUUCUUGACGACUGUCCUCAACUUGAAUCUCUUGACAUCCGUCAGUGCUUCAAUAUUAAUUUGGAAGGAAGUUUGGCAAAGAGAUGUAAAGAACAGAUCAAGUAUUUACGCCUUCCAAAUGAUGCAACUGAUGACUAUCCAUUUCAAACUGAAGACUAUCCUGAAGAGGACUAUCCAGAUGGGAUCUCAGACAUAGAUUUAGAUUUAUUGUCGGAGGAUGAUUAUGAACUCUCAGAUGGGAGUGAAUUUUCUGAAUUUGAAUUUGAUGUUAACUAUUAUGACUUUUGA